AUGGAGCCGACAGGAGAUUUUGGAGAUACUUUGUGCAGAGAUGGCAAAGAAAGAAAAUACACAGGCUUGACAAAAUUGAAAAUUAUAGAAAAUCUUUUGAAACUUGUGUCUGAGAAGAACUUGCAGGGGCAUGAAAAUUCUUUAAACCCAGGUUCACAGUCUUCCUCUGCAGUUGGACAAAGGGCUUCCAAAAGACAGAGGAAAACUGAUCAUCCCAAUCGACUUCUGGUCACAGGAAACAGUAUUGUAAGUGUGAAUAAUGAUGGUGAAAAUGUUAAUGUUGUUGCUAUAUACUGCAAGAACUCAGCUUGCAGAGCUAAAUUAAGUCAAGUGGAUAAAUUUUGCAAGCGGUGCUCAUGCUGCAUAUGUCAUCAGUAUGAUGACAACAAGGAUCCUAGCUUGUGGCUAACAUGUAGCUCAGAGCCUCCCUUUCAGGGCAAUUCGUGUGGCAUGUCAUGCCAUUUGGAAUGUGCUUUGAAGAAUGAAAAAUCUGGUAUUGCGAAACAGGCUAUGGAUGGGAGCUUCUCUUGUGUGUCUUGCGGGAAAGUGAAUGAUUUGCUUGGAUGCUGGAGAAAACAAAUGAUGACAGCAAAGGAUACAAGGCGGGUUGAUAUAUUGUGCUAUCGUGUGUCUCUAGGUCAAAGGCUUCUUUCCGGUACCAGAAGCUAUCAGAAGCUUUAUGAAAUUGUAGAUGAAGCAGUAAAGAAACUUGAAGUGGAUGUGGGUCCUUUAACUGGUUUACCUGUGAGGAUGGCAAGGGGUAUUGUCAACAGACUUCCUUCAGGUCCUGAAGUGCAAAGACUCUGUGCUUCUGCAGUGGAGUCCUUAGAUUCAAUGCUUUCCAAAGUCAUUUGCCAUUUGCCAGAAUCCAAUUCAACAACCUCAAAUAUAAUCCUUUUUCAAGAUGUUUGUGCUUCUUCCCUCACUGUAAUAUUGGGUUCUGAAGAUCCACAACUGGAAAAUAUUCUGGGGUAUACCUUGUGGCAUCGUAAAGCUGAAGAUAUAGACUAUCCAGCAGAACCAACAUGCACAUUGUUUAAACCUAACAAAACAUUUUUACUGUCUGGUCUAAAUCCAGCCACUGAGUAUGUUUUUAAGGUGGUCUACUUUGAUAGCACUGGUGAGUUGGGGACAUGUGAAGUUCAUUUACAAACAAACAGUCCUAUAAAUGAAGCCCCCCCUGCAAAAGAAUUGGUAGUGGAACGAAGUGAAAGCCCAGGAAGUAACUAUAGCAGUUUGUCUAAUCCUUCUUCUGUGGAAGAUGAAAAUAACAACAUUGCUUCCUGUAGCAAAAAGAAUGAAAAUGGAGAGGACAAUGGUCAUAGCUAUUGCAAGAGCAUCGAGAAAUUUGUCCCUGCAAAUUUGUCUAAUGAAGCUCCAGGAGAUUCUGUGUCUUUGUUGGAAGUGGGGGUUGCCACAGGAACCAGUGGAGAAGCUGGCUUGCCCAUUACGCCUUGCAAGUUGGAGAAUAACACAAAGGAUGGGGUGGGAAGAAGUGGGAGAUUCAAACCUAGCAAUAAGGAUCUGAUAGUGGGUCUGGGAGAGAAGAGGAGCCCCAUGCUGGAAGCUCGUCAAAGAAGAGAAUGUGUGGAGAGACGAGAUGAAGAAAAUUCAGGAAAUGAAAGUAGGGAUUUUGAGUAUUAUGUGAAAGUGGUAAGAUGGUUGGAGUGUCAAGGGCAUAUUGAAAAAACCUUUAGGCAGAAGUUUCUGACUUGGUAUAGCCUAAGAGCAACGCAGCAAGAAAUGAGGGUUGUAAAGGUUUUUGUCGAUACCCUUAUCGAAGAUCCGGCAUCUUUAGCAGGUCAGCUUGUAGACACUUUUUCAGAAGCUAUUUCGAGCAAGAGAUCCUCUGUUGUGCCAUCUGGGUUUUGCCUGAAGCUUUGGCACUGA